CCCUACUCUGUUCACAGUCCAGAGAUGGGCAAGAAGAAGGAAGAAUUUACCAUUGAGUGGGUAUGAAUUAUUCCCGUGGGCAGGUAACAGAGCAUUGCGUUUGUGAAGUGGAGAUCUGAGAUGUGCAUGGGUAAGUUGGUAACCCACUAAGCCAUUAGAUAUGCAGUCAUGCUCUUGUUCCUUGACAAGUUAGUAGUAGUUGGAAAUUGAGAAUCUCAUGUGCCAUUGAUAGCUAUUGAAGUUGAAGGUGAUGAAAUGGCGGUCCGGAAGGCACUGGAUUUUGACUGUGUCAGGGUGGGGCUUCCCACUUGAUGAUUUGUUAGCCAAUGGGUGCAAUGCAGUAACAUGGGGUGUUAUCCAACGCACAAAUAUUCACCUGUAGAAUCUCUUUCUUGCUCAAGAUUCUUGAGUAGCUUACAUGUUCUGACAAAUUCAGUAAUUUUUUCCCCUUUGUUUUGGGUUUUUUUUUUCGGUGUAUUUUUAAUUGAAAAACAGAAAACAUAUUUACACAGAAAAUAAUGAAAUUUUUUCAUCACGCAAAACCUUAAAAGUACUCUCGUACUUACAUGCCUGCGGUCUCUCUCUCUCUCUGUGCCUCUCUCUGCUUCUCUCAUUGUCAUUUCUUCCAACAUCAAAUAGUUGCAACAGUUUCCACAUCAAAACCAUAAUCAUCACGCCUCUCAGCCCACACGCACCCCUCCUUCCCUUUCCCAGUCUCUCUACAUCAAUAACCCAGCCAUCGCACCAUCUAUCCUGAAUCCUCUCUCGCUCUUUCUCUCUUUCUCUCUUUCUCUCUCAACAUGCCCAUGAACCACUUCUCUCCAAACCUUCCAGAAACAAUCUGGUGGACACAAGUCACACCACCACAACCCAUAAUGGAACCAGCCCCAAAUACCCCUUCCUCUAAACACAAACCCCUCAUCCCCCACCACCACCAUCCCCUAGUUUCCCUCAAUUCCUACCACUCCCAACACUCACCCCCCAUGUUCCCUACCCGUAGCACUACCCCUUUCAACUUCAACCUUAACCAAGAUACAGAAGACGAUGAAGAUGAGGAGGUCGAGGAAGUAGCUGCGGAAGAAGAGGAGGAAGAAGUGAUAAUAGGGGCAGAGAGACAACCCAUGUUCGAGAAGCCCUUAACUCCUAGCGACGUAGGUAAGCUUAACCGACUAGUCAUACCAAAACAACACGCGGAGAAGUACUUCCCGCUGGGCGGUGACUCGGGCGAGAAAGGCUUGUUACUGAGUUUCGAAGACGAGUGUGGCAAGUGUUGGAGGUUUCGAUACUCGUAUUGGAACAGUAGCCAAAGUUACGUAUUGACGAAAGGGUGGAGCCGUUUCGUCAAAGAAAAGAGGCUGGAUGCAGGCGACGUCGUUUUGUUCCAGCGAGACCGCUCCGACGCUGACCGCUUCUUUAUUGGUUGGAGGCGCCGUGCUGGCCCUGCGCAGGAUAACCCUGCGGCGGCUCCCCCUGUCGCUGCUCACACCAAUACUGGCAAUACUUCUGUGGGGUGGACCAGGGUGUUCUAUUCUGCGCAUGCUUAUCCUUCGCAUCCCCAUGCCCCUCCCCUACCAUACCAACCUGACUGUCUUCAUGCAGGGUCGGUUGCAAAGAAUCAAACGACGCCGGUGGGCAACUCAAAGAGACUCAGGCUGUUUGGGGUGAACCUGGAGUGCCAAAUGGACGAGUCCGAACCAUCCACUCCUGACGGUUCCUCAUUGUCGAGCCAGGGGCCAGUGCACCACCAAUUUUACCCUCAAGCUUACUCUUCCAACGCAUACAACCACAUGGAUAUCAAUUUCUCCCGAGACGUCAACCAGAUGAGAGAUCACCGAGGAUAAGAUCUGUGGAUGUGACGUCCUGGAUUUGACUUGUUGAAUCCACUUGGAAUGUCCAAAUAAAAAAAAUUAUGCAAAAAUGAAAAAGUAAAAACAGAAGCUCAUAGCCAAAAAAGAAAGCGAGAGAGAGAAUCCCCUGGUUUGCAGGGAAGUUUGUGGCAGUAGAAGAGGGAAACAAGUGGAGUGACAUUAACGUAGAGGGGUAGAGGGAAGGGAGGAGAUGGAGGGGGGGGCCCCCAAUUAGAAACUAAACUAGGGCUGACGUGAUGCGACGCCAAAUGGGAGUUUUUUUGGGUUCAGUUGAAAUCAGGAAUCUUAAUUUCCCACUGUUGGGAUUCUGGGUCUAGAUUUUUCAAUCACAAUAAUAAAAGGAGUAUGGUAUGGUAUGGUGUGUUGAUGGUGGUACUGAUGGUGGGGAGGUGAGUGGGUGGGUGGACUUGACAGCCCAGUGGGUACUAGCCCACUCCUCCUUCCCCCCCCCCUCUCCUCUCUCUCUCUCUCUCUCUCUCUCUCCCCAUUCCCCUCAUCUCCAUGUGUAUUUCAUAUAAUUCUUCAGUUGUUUCUCUGAUAUUAUGCUCUGCUGCAAUUUGUAAAGGUACAUAUGUUUAAUUUUUAAGCAUUUUCAUUCUUUUUCA